AUUCUAAAUUCCCCGACUUCUCUUUAACGAAUAAUUUCAAUAAUCCUGGUGCUAUUGAUGAUUCUUAUUUGUCAGCUAAUAAUUCUAUCGAUAUCAACAAACCUGUCGUAAGAAGGUCAAGUGAAAGACGUCCAUCAAGAAAGCAUAAUCAUAGUGAUUCAAUUGAACAUGAUUAUCAACUUCCCUCUGCGGUUGGUGAUUAUUCUAAAGAACGCCGUCGUUCUGACGUCUCCCCUUCAAAAUCUAAAUGUUCUCAACGGCGUAAAGAUGUAAAAUCCACGUCUGGGAUUUUACAAGUUAUUGAAUCUUGCAAUUAUGACAAACAGGAUUCUAAUAAAGAAUCUGAUGUAAAUAGUAUUUUAUUAAAUCCAUGUAUGAAGUCGUUGUCUUAUUCGCCAAAGAUCGACCCUGUUUGUUUAUCUGCUCCUCCUCAGCAAACGAACAACAACGCCUUUUAUUUUCCUCCUCUCAACUAUUCUAACGCGAUUCUUGCUCUUGAAGAAGAAAUGUGUAGUAAACACGAUGAUACUGAAACUUCUGCCCAUACCAAAAGACGUUCGGAUAUCUUUCUCUCUACCAAUAAUUCAUUUAUUCCGGAAAAGGCUCCUCGUCGUCAAUCCAGUACAGCUAUCGAAUUGCAAAGCCAAGUUGCUCCUUUUGCAAGUCAUGAUGCUGUCAUGUUAUCAACCACUCCUCCGGCUUCUCGUAGGCCAUCUACUUCUCCGGAUAGACACAUGGCAUCAAAACUUUAUGCUGGUCCUACCUUCCAUAAUUCUCCUGCACCUAGCGAUUUGCCUUUACCAUCUUUCCUCAGUAAACCUCCUAGUAAGGAAUCUAGUCCUAUGACUCCUAAUGCCGUCUUGCCAGUUUUCACCCCGUCUAGGGUCCCGUCACCGUCUUUGUCCUCUGGCAAUUCCUCUGAUGACGAUAUGUUUACUAUGGAUGAUGUAGAACCUGAUGCCGUUAGAUAUUAUGAUAGAUUUUAUUCUGUGCGAAAGCAAGAGUCUUCUGAACUUCUCCGUAUUUUAUCGGAUCGUCAAUAUAAUUCAUCCUCCGCAUACAUGGUUCCCGAACGUAUGGCCACUUCUCAUAACCCGACUCAAGUUUAUCCUACCAGAGAUGGAUUGUCGUUGACCGAAAUUUCGGAAA